AUGGAUCCGAAAUUGACGGAGGGUGAUGAAGAAGGUCCAUCGUUUUCUGAAAAUAAGACGGUAAAUUUUAAUCUUCCUUCUCUUCCUAUAAAUGUUACUGCUUUAUCCAGUACCUUUCCACAAUCUAUAUCGGCUGUACAACAACUGUGCUCUGUAAAGGGUACUACGAGUAAAAAGCGUCGUCUUCUUGGGGAACAAGAUAGGAUUUCUGCCUUAAUGUCAUUAAAUGAAUUCGAGGACGAUUAUAAAUCAGAAGCUCAUCGAAUUUCAAGUAAAACUCGACUAAGUCAACUGACAUAUUCUCGUGCUUCAAGUGAUAGUAAAUUGUAUCCGGAGACUGUGGAUUCUGUUUUACCCUUAAUCAAACCAGUUAGCAUAGUCAUCACAGAUUGUUUCCUUGAAUCAGAAGAAGAUGAUAUUGUUGAUUCCGGGCAAUUAGUGAAGAAGCGUCGAAAAAAUAAUGUUGUUUUAGAUGAAGAGAAGAAUGUUUCGAGAGAUAAUAGCGAGAUGUUGAAGCUACCAGUGUCCUCUCUACAGGCAUUGUCACCGAUCCCUUACCGUUGUGAAGAUGAUGUUGCGAUUCCAGACGUUGUUGCUUCAGAUGGAGCAAAACAUGCUUCGAGUGAUGGUAUGGUGAUAUUGAAGCUACCAGUGUCCUCUCUACAGGCAUUGUCACCGAUCCCUUACCGUUAUGAAGAUGAUGUUGCGAUUCCAGACGGUAUGUGUUUUUUUUUCAGUCGUUGUGGUUGUUUGUUUAUUGAUGUUUGA